ACAAAGCUUAUUUGACAGUCAGCUUUUGAACUAAUGAGACAUGGAGUACUCCAACAAUACUACAUCCCUCAGCAAUAUGCCAAACUCCAACAGUACAACUGAUGACUACGCUUCCUACUACAGCCUAGAAGAAGACAACGAUAAGCAACAGUGCAACAGCAGUAUAAAGAAUUUCAGCAGAGUGUUCCUCCCUACCCUCUACAGCAUCGUCUUCAUCGUGGGCUUUAUUGGCAAUGCUCUGGUGUUGUGUGUCCUGGUCAAGUACCACAAAAGAUCAAAUGUGACAGAUGUGUGUCUCUUCAACCUGGCCCUUUCAGACCUCCUCUUCCUGAUCUCACUGCCUUUCUGGGCUCAUUACACCGCCAUAGCUGAGUGGAUCUUCGGAAGCUUCAUGUGCCAUGCGGUAACAGCGCUCUACAUGCUGGGAUUCUAUGGGAGUAUCUUCUUCAUGAUCCUCAUGACCAUAGACCGCUACACCAUUAUUGUCCAUGCCCAUAAUUCCCUCUUCUCCAAGUACCGGUCAGUCAGAGCUAGCAUAGUGCUGAUUUUGUUUACAUGGGCACUUAACUUGGGAGCUUCACUUCCUAACAUCAGUUUCUCCCAAGUAAAGAAUGACACAAAUGUAUGGACAUGUGGAGUGGAGUAUCCAGGAAUAGCGUGGAUGUCAUUCUCUUACAUUGAGAUGAACGUCCUCGGCUUGAUUAUUCCUCUCUCUGUGAUGGUGUUCUGCUACUCGCGUAUCGUUCCCAUUUUAAUGACCAUGAAAUCUCAGAAGAAACACAAAGCUGUGAGGCUCAUCCUGGUCUUGGUCAUUGUUUUCUUCCUCUUCUGGACGCCCUACAACAUCGUCCUCUUCAUGAAGGUUCUGCAUCACUUGGGCUACAUGCAGAGCUGUAGGUGGGAGCAGGACCUGAGCAUGGCUACACAGUGGGUGGAAACCAUAGCGUUCAGUCACUGCUGCCUCAACCCCAUCAUCUACGCCUUUGUGGGGCAGAAAUUCAGGAAUUUGGUUCUGAAGAUCCUGAAAGAGUGGUUUCCUCUUUGCUUUGGUCGCUGCACAACAAUCGUCAGUGACUUUUCAGAGAGGAGAAGCUCUAUGUUUUCUCGCUCCUCCGAGAUAUCCACCACAAAGAUUGUGUAGCCACAGGAUGCUGAUGGCAACGGGGGUUUAUCAAAGGAAAUCUCAAAUCUGCAGAUCUGCUCGGUUAAGCACGCCAUUAUUGCUGCAAAGAUUUUGGUUUUCUGAAAGUAUGUCAUGGCUUUCAAAAGUUACUUCAAUUUUUCGUCUUUGUUUAAAGUAAGUCACUUGAUUUUUGCUGUUCCACAAACAUAGCUCGCUUUUUUAUUUUUUUAUUUGUAGCUGCUCGAACGACAUGCAGCGAAAACACAAUGUUAAAUACAACGUUUCAUACUGAGCAGCUGAAUUAUGUUUAUUUUUAUGUAAAUAAAUAUUAAUCAUUCACACAA